AUGAGCGCCGAAUGCCACGCAUGCACGUCGGUGGCAUUCUCCGGCAACAUCAAGAAGCGGCUCAUUGUGUGCUGCGACGGCACCUUCAAUGGCGUCGAUAAAGGAACCGACGACUACUCUAGUAAUGUCGCUCGUUUGUGCCGUGUGAUUUCCAACAUCGGCAUUUCCAAGACUGGUGAAAAGAUACCACAGGUGGUAUACUACCAGUCCGGUGUUGGUACAGGCUCCUUGACAUAUGUCGACAAAGCUCGCCAAGGUGCCUUUGGCGGGAGUCUCGCAGAAAACGUCUGCGGGGCGUACAACUACCUCUCAAACAACUGGGGGCCAGGAGACGAAAUAUUCAUCUUUGGCUUCUCCCGGGGCGCUUACACGGCCCGCUCUCUGGCCGGUAUCAUCUGCCAAGUAGGCCUCCUCACGCCGCUGCUCAUGGACAACUUCUUUGAGAUAUACAGCGCGUACAAAAAUAGAGGAAAUCAGGCCUUCGACGAGACGACGUGGGCAAAUCAGCCUCUCGUCCCAGGCGAGCUCGGCACCGUUCCUCCGCGAGACGGUGUGCCGCCUCCCUCCUACGGCACUCGCCUCCAACACCUCCGCAAAGUUGCCCAUUUGCAUGUCAAUAUCAAGGUAGUCGGAGUAUGGGACACAGUUGGUAGUGUCGGCGGGCCGAACUGGUUUGGCCAGGCCGGAGAGGACACCACGUUUCAUUCCACAAAGCUCAGUCCAAAGAUUGAGAAUGCCUUCCACGCACUCGCACUAGACGAAAGCCGUGGAAAUUUCCCCCCUACCUUGUGGCAUAUUGACUCGACGUGUAUGCAAGAAGACGGUAAAACACCCAAGGUGAACCUCAAGCAGUGUUGGUUCCCGGGCUAUCACUCCGAUGUAGGGGGUCACAGCCAAGGUUCAGUCGACACAAACAGCGUCGACGAAAUCGCCUUCUCCUGGAUGUGCGACCAGCUCUUUGGGCUCCUGCAACUUAGCAGCACCGCUUUGCAGAAGUACAUUCUCUUGAGGAUAGGCGAUUCUGGAAUUGACACGAAAAACAAGAAUAUUCGUAACUUGUCUGCCGAAUGGAAGGCCAUUGCAUGGAGCAACGGUGAGCUCGAAAACACAAACUCCUUCACGAGCUUGUGGUGGCUGCCGUCGCUAGUGUCCACGGCCAAGCCCGCCUAUCAUCGAAUCCCGGGCGAGACAAAGGCGUAUGAAAAAAUCGGCAGCGAGAAGAAGAGUAUUCCGUGGAGGCAGUUUAACGAGGAAGUCCACCCCAGUGUGAUCCAUCGAGUCAAGAACAGAAAAGGCUACAUGCCGGGCCCGUUUUCAAGGGGUUGGAAGUACGUGGAAUCAACAAAUGGUGCUCGCGCAUAUUGGGUCAAGGGAUCUGGUGAAGACGCCAUUGUUUUGAAUGAGUACCUUAUCCCGAAGCUCGGGGAAUUUGACAAAUCCGUGGGUAAUGACCACUGGCAGAGUAGCUUGGAGCGUACAUUUGCUCCCAAAGAUGUUGUUGACAAGCAGGACGCUGUACAGCGAUAG